AAAAGGGGAGUUAAAUCAGGUCAUGCUCUUUGGCCCUCAUCUCUUUGUCCCCUCCUCUGCACUGAGCUCUGUGUCUUGCAUUGAGUCUCCUAUGGACUUCUCUCCAAGCAGUCCCAAAUGACAGUGAAGUUACCUAUUGCUGCAUGUGCCCCCUGCUCUGCUGAAGCCACUGAGAGCAGUGACUGCCUCUGCUCGCCCACCACAACUUCCCCAUGUCACCUCUGGGAAGAAAAGUCAGAAGACCAGGAUCUCCAGGGCCUCAAGGACAAACCCCUGAAGUUUAAAAAGGUGAAGAAGGAUAAGAAAGAAGACAAGGAGGGCAAGCAUGAGCCCCUGCAGCCGUCAGCCCAUCACUCUGCUGAGCCAGCAGAAGCAGGCAAAGCAGAGACCUCAGAAGGGUCAGGCGCAGCCCCAGCCGUCCCAGAAGCUUCUGCCUCCCCCAAACAGCGGCGGUCCAUCAUUCGUGACCGGGGACCCAUGUAUGAUGACCCCACUCUGCCUGAAGGUUGGACCCGGAAGCUUAAGCAAAGGAAAUCUGGCCGCUCCGCUGGGAAGUAUGAUGUGUAUUUGAUCAAUCCCCAGGGAAAAGCCUUUCGAUCUAAAGUGGAGUUGAUUGCGUACUUCGAAAAGGUAGGCGACACCUCCCUGGACCCUAAUGAUUUUGACUUCACGGUAACUGGGAGAGGGAGCCCCUCCCGGCGAGAGCAGAAACCACCUAAGAAGCCCAAAUCUCCCAAAGCUCCAGGAACUGGCAGAGGUCGGGGACGCCCCAAAGGGAGCGGCACCGCGAGACCCAAGGCGGCAGCAUCAGAGGGCGUGCAGGUGAAAAGGGUCCUGGAGAAAAGUCCCGGGAAGCUGCUCGUCAAGAUGCCUUUUCAAGCUUCACCAGGGAGCAAGGCCGAAGGGGCUGGGGCCACCACAUCAGCCCAAGUCAUGGUUAUCAAACGCCCCGGCAGGAAGCGAAAAGCCGAGGCCGACCCCCAGGCCAUUCCCAAGAAACGGGGCCGAAAGCCAGGCAGUGUGGUGGCGGCUGCUGCCGCUGAGGCCAAGAAGAAAGCCGUGAAGGAGUCAUCCAUCCGGUCUGUGCAAGAGACCGUGCUCCCCAUCAAAAAGCGUAAGACCCGGGAGACAGUCAGCAUUGAGGUGAAGGAGGUGGUGAAGCCUCUGCUGGUGUCCACACUCGGCGAAAAGAGUGGGAAGGGACUGAAGACCUGCAAGAGCCCUGGGCGGAAAAGUAAGGAGAGCAGCCCUAAGGGGCGUAGCAGCAGUGCCUCCUCGCCCCCCAAGAAGGAGCAUCAUCACCACCACCACCACUCAGAGCCCCCGAAGGCACCCACACCGCUGCUCCCGCCCCCGCCCCCACCCCCGCCCGAGCCCCAGAGCUCCGAGGACCCUGCCAGCCCCCCUGAGCCCCAGGACUUGAGCAGCAGCAUCUGCAAAGAAGAGAAGAUGCCGAGAGGAGGCUCGCUGGAAAGCGACGGCUGCCCCAAGGAGCCAGCUAAGACUCAGCCUACGGUUGCGACCACCACCACGGCCGCAGAAAAGUACAAACACCGAGGGGAGGGAGAGCGCAAAGACAUUGUUUCAUCCUCCAUGCCAAGGCCAAACAGAGAGGAGCCUGUGGACAGCCGGACGCCCGUGACCGAGAGAGUUAGCUGACUUUACACAGAGCGGAUUGCAAAGCAAACCAACAAGAAUAAAGGCAGCUGUUGUCUCUUCUCCUUAUGGGUAGGGCUCUGACAAAGCUUCCCGAUUAACUGAAAUAAAAAAUAUUUUUUUUUCUUUCAGUAAACUUAGAGUUUCGUGGCUUCAGGGUGGGAGUAGUUGGAGCAUUGGGGAUGUUUUUCUUACCGACAAGCACAGUCAGGUUGAAGACCUAACCAGGGCCAGAAGUAGCUUUGCACUUUUCUAAACUAGGCUCCUUCAACAAGGCUUGCUGCAGAUACUACUGACCAGACAAGCUGUUGACCAGGCUUCUUAGGGUACGCCUGCACCUCCCCUCCCACCCAGACCUCCCCCCGUGUGGUCAUUAAGGACAGAGGGCACUUGAGAGGACACUCCCAUUUUCGGUGCCAUUGGUGCCCCAGUCUCAGCUCUCCUCUCCCCCGACCCUGCCCCCAGCUUCCCUACCUCCCCCAUUCCCACCCACGUUGGGACAAGGAGGUGUGAGGCAGGAGAGACAGUUGGAUUCUUUAAAGAAGAUGACGGAGAUGGCCAGUGGCUACAGCCUGUGUGAUCCCACCGUGGUGGCACAAAGCUGGCCCCACUCCAGCCCCAAUCCAAAACUAACAAGGACAUUUCACAGGACAGGGAAGUAGCACCUGUUCACUCCAGUUCUGGCAUGGCUCGGAGGGAGUCGUCCUUUGAACUGCUGGGUGUAGAUUGGCCUGAGCCAGAGGAGAGGAUGGCCCAGGGCUGGCCUCCAGUGGAUGGCACUAGAAAGAGGCCAUGAGGCAGCAGGACAAGGUGCAGGCAGGCUGGCCCGGCUCCGGACCAGCAGAGUGUAGUGGGGCAGGAGGGACUCCUAGUCACUCAGAGCAGUCUGUGACUGGCAGUUAGAGGCUCACUGGGGCGGAGGCCAAGGGGAAGGAGGGGAGAAUGUUCUUCCAAAACUUUCCAAUUCUACUCCUUAGGGACAGCUUAGAACUAUUUGCACUAUUGAGUCUUCAUGUUCCCACUUCAAAACAAACGUGCUCAGAGAGCAAACUGGCUUGAAUUGGUGACAUUUUGUCCCUCAAGCCACCAGACGUGAUGGUGUUUAGAACUGCCUGGAUCUGUAGAUACCUGCGCUUGUUUUAAAGUGGGCUCAGCACAUAGGGUUCCCACGAAGCUCCGAAACUCUAAGUGUUUGCUGCAAUUUUAUAAGGACUUCCUGAUUGCUUUCUCUUCUCUCCUUCCAUUUCUGCCUUCUGUCAUUUCAUUCUUUCAUUUCUUCAUCUCCUCCUUCCUCUUCAUUCAUCCCUUCUGUUCCAAGCAGCCACAGUGCCCAACUGUACCCUGAACAGAUCCGGUUAGCUCAUGUCCCCAGAACUCACCCUGCACUUGGCCUUCCCACCACCAAGCCCAGCCCACUCUCACCCCAGUUUGAGCCCUGAGGAAGCCCUGGGGUCUGCCAAGUCCAUCUGACCCUAGCACCUCAGCCUCUCUGAAGGGCAAGAGAACAGCAAGGUCUCACUCUCCUAGGUCAGAGCCCAGGCACUGAGCCUCCUCAGCCUUCCACUUGAGAAAAGUGGGUGGGAAAAAUCAGGCCAGAUUUGGAUUCGGGAGUUGUGGGCAAGAACAGAGGCCCCCGCCCCGUGGUCUGCCACAGUCAUCAAGCAGCCCAGCUCUGACCUUGGCCUCUGCCAGGCCUGACUAGCACAGCGCCGUGUGGCAGGGCAGCAGGCAGAACAAAUGCAGAUGCCCCCAGACAUGAGCUGGGACCAGUGCCUAGGGAUCCCCCUUCUCUGCCCACCCAGGCUCCUCCAUUAACCACGAGUUCUUUUCUAAUAGAAAACGUUUGGCUUUUGCUUGCUGGAGACUGGGUAGGGCCAGUGUAGCACACAUUUUCCUGUCUGCACCAGGGUUAUGGUAUAGGGGCUUAGAGGCUUGGGUUUGCUGUGGGAUCCCAUCCUUUCAACCUCUCUGUUCAGGAAGUCCUUAUCUAGCUGCAUAUCUUCAUCAUAUUGGUAUAUCCUUUUCUGUGUUUACAGAGAUGUCUCUUAUAUCUAAAUCUGUCCAACUGAGAAGUACCUUAUCAAAGUAGCAAAUGAGACAGCAGUCUUAUGCUUCCAGAAACACCCACAAGCACGUCCCAUGUGAGCUGCUGCCAUGAACUGUCAAGUGCGUGUUGUCUUGUGUAUUUCAGUUAUUGUCCCCUGGCUUCCUUACUGCGGUGUAACCAUGAAGGAGUGAAACAUCCUAGAAAACCGUCUAGCACUUCCUUGCCAGUCCUUAGUGAUCAGGAACCAUAGUUGACAGUUCCGAUCAGUAGCUUAAGAAAAAAACCGUGUCUGUCUCUUCCAGAAUGGUUAGAAGCAAGGGAGUUUGCCCCAUUCUGUUCUUAGAGUCAUAGUUGGCCUUUCUAGCAUUUUUGUAUCCAUUUCCUUAUGCUGCAAAAGCAAGUCCCACAACCAACCCCACUCUGCUGUCAACCCUCCAGGCUUCACUUCUGACUCCUCCCCAGGAAGGGAAGGGGGGUUGGAGGAGGGGGCAAGUCCUUCGGGACUCCUCUUCCCCCAAGGACAAAAGGCUCCUGCCCCCACAGUGGCCUUGCACUCCUGGCACCCCCAAAGACACCUAUCCAUGUGAGCACGGCAUCUGGCCAGUUUGUCAUGGAGACGUCCAUUUUAGUUGAUCAUGUUUUUGUGUUAUACCUAGUCAGUCCAGUGAAAUGUGGCUCCUAGGACCAAUGUCAGGAGCUGGCUGGCCUCCCCGUCAGCUUAGUACCACCUGGUCCUGGGAAGAGGAGUGUGGGACCCAUCAGGCCCGCCUUUCACCCAUGACAGUUUAUUCAGGGGCUGACUGGGCACUGGUGGUCAAGAACAUAGCAUUGGAAGGGUUGUUUUCUUUCUGGCCCAAGCUGCAGGCAGUGCCUGAGGCUCCUUAGGGUUUUCUCUCUCUCCCCCUUUCUUCCACAUUCCCUCCUCUUCCCCAAAUAAAGUCAUCACGAGUGAGUCACCUUUAAGCAGGCCGCCUUGGCGGUUUGUCACCCUUGGCGGGCAGGGGCCCUGCAGCUCCCAUGCCACCCCUGUUCCUGGAGUCAGGUUGACAGGAGGUUGGAGGCAAAGCAUAAGCCCUGGAAUUCUCACCAGCUGUGUCCAGCCCAGUUUGGGGUGCGACCUUGAUUGUGUGUGUACUUGAACACAACAAAGAUUGGGGGGCAUCUUUUAGGGACUAUGAAGAAUACAGGAAUUGACCGACGGCUUUCAGAUCCCCAUGGGUCUAGGUCACAGAGAGUCAUGCUUGUCUUCCCUACCUUCAUUCUAGUUGUUAGUUACUACCUCCUUUCUUGACAGAAUUCUGUAUGUCCUCGAGCUCCUCCCACAAUGCCCAGCCCAACCCUGCCCUACCCGUCUGCCCAUUGGUGGGCUCGUCCUUACCAGUGGAAUUGCCGGCUUUGACACUUCAGUGAACUGGGGAACUAGGCCACAACCAGGCUCUAGUUUAGCUCCCUUCUGCUGGCAUAGGAAACACCAUGUCCCGGUCCAUCAGUGCCAAACUAGCUAAGGACCCCAGUCCCUCAGCUCCCUGGAAAAGUGAAAGUCGUGGCCUGGGGCUGCUGGCCAUAGCCAGCACCUGGCUUUUACUGAGACCCUGUGCCGGUGUAGGCAACAGUCUGUUCAGUGGCAUCAUUCCAGGCUAGAGGCCAAGAACAGUGGCAGACCUGCAACAGUCCCAAGUUGUUGCCUGCUCUGCCCAACUUGUCAUUCCUGUGACAGUCAUCAUAAAAGGGUAGUAGCCAGAAACGAACUUCCAUAUUUGGUGGGAGUUUCCUUAGCUGACAGGCCCUCUGGAUUUUAAGUAACUCUUAAUAAGCAGCUCAAGCCCAGGAGAGAGCAAAGGUUACGAACUCGCCAGGAGCCAACUGGAUCUUGUGGAGCAUUCCCACCCGGCUCUCUGGACUGCCAUGGUCAGGAGAGGUCACAGGUACUGGUUCUUAGAGACCUUUGUGUAUCCGUUCCUAGCUGGUGUCGUUGCCCUGAAUUGCUUCCUGAUGCGAGCUUCACGCACGGAGUCUAGGACCAAUGGCCCAGACUUUGGGAAGCAAACUGUCUAGAGCCUUACGAGUGUUUGCCUAACCAGUCCCUCAAGUGCCAGCCUCUGGCAUGUGGGCAAGCACAGCAGCAUCACCAGGCCUGCGGUUGAGCCCUUGCCCCCAUGCCCCUGCUAUGUUGGAUUCCCCAGUCUUCCUCUGCUUUCUGCAAGGGUCCAUCUUUGCUCUUUGUCAGUUAGCCCGUCCACACUGGAGGGGUUUGUUGAGUCUCCAUUUUUGUGUCUUUCUCUUUUAGAUCAGUCUUUAGAAAAGGCCUAACUGUUACAAAUCACUAGGAUACUGCCUCCCCCAGGGUCUGAAGUUACAUAUUAAAGAGGAAAAAAGGUAACAUUGAAACCUGCUCUCAACAAUUCAGAAGGAAAACCUAGAAAAUAUUUGGCAAAAAGAUUACAUGUUAAUGUCUCUGAACGUAUAAGAGCAAGCUUUUGCAAAAAUUCUGAUCUAAAAAUACCUGGAGCCAGGCCUGACGUGUGGUGAGUGCUGCAGGCGAAGGGGAUUCGGUCUGAAGCUGCUGCAUCUGAGACUCAGGGCCACCCUGUCAUUGGAGAGCCUGUAUCUCCUUGGGUAGCAGUCCCUGAGGACUUAGCUGCCACCUCUGUCCUCUGGGACGGCCUGGAGGUUAGGGGCCUACCUGGUCUCAAAGCAGCAGGAGCCCAGCUCUUGGUGUGGGAAGCUAAAUGGUCACCAGGGACUUGCGAAGGCCUGCAUCAUUCUCACUCCCCAGCACCACCUGUUUGUUGCUCCAUUCUCAUCUCCGCAGAGCCUACCCAGAGCUCUGAUUUGUCAGGAGAAAAAUGAGUUCUAACUAGGAAGGAGAGGGUAAUGUCUUCCCCUUGGCCUCUGCCUGUGGCACAGCCUGUCCCCUGAGGACAUUCCCCUGCCCUGCUCUCCUUGGGCUGUAAGGGCCUGGUGAAAUGGCACUCCAUUCUGAACUCGGAGGUGAGGACAGAGGCCUGAACGUUCGCUGUGGUGUGUGCCCCACUCGCCCCUCACCCUUUAGACCCCCUGGGGCAGAGAGAGGGUGGGUGUGAGGAUAGGUGCUGCCACCCCCAGUAGAGCUGAACAUUUGAGAAACUUGCAAAUUGUCUUUGCUCCUCUAGCUCCCCCUUCUAUCUCACCUUUUCUCAGGUCCUGCUCAGCAGCAAGAGAAAAUAAGAUGAAAAGGCCAAGAGGUUUGCCUCCUGCCCACUGGUAGUUUCUCUCCCCACAGUGUUUGUGUAUCAAGUGACAAAGCUGUUUUUCCUGGUGACCCUGAUUAUAUCCAGUAUCUUAUAGACUAUAUGCAUAGGCCUGCUUGGUCUCCUCUGUCCUGGGCUUUUGUUUUGCUUUUUAGUUUUGCUUUUAGUUUUUCUGUCCCUUUUAUUUAAUGCACCAACUAGACACACAAAGCAGUUGAAUUUUUAUAUAUAUAUCUGUAUAUUGCACAAUUAUAAACUCAUUUUGCUUGUGGCUCCACACACAAAAAAAGACCUGUUAAAAUUAUACCUGUUGCUUAAUUACAAUAUUUCUGAUAACCGUAGCAUAGGACAAGGGAAAAUAAAAACAAAAACAAACAAAAAAAACGACAAAUCUGUCUGCUGGUCACUUCUUCUGUCCAAGCAGAUUCGUGGUCUUUCCUCGCUUCUUUCAAGGGCUUCCCUGUGCCAAGCUAAGGAGGCUCCAGGCAGCACCCGGGUUUUGCACUGUUUCUCCAGUGCUUGUGAGAGAGGUCUCAGGAUGCUGGUGCAGAACAGUUCACCUCAACGGGUACGUGCGCGAGCGCUCCCUUGCCCUGGCAAAGUCUGGAAUGUAGUUGGCACCUCCUGGUCCCCUUCCACCCCUGGGUGGGGCAGCUGGAGUCCAUGGGGGUGGCCCGAUUCCCCACCCCUUCCAGUGACCCGGUCAGAGUGAUCAUGUGUGGAGAGUCAGCUCAGCAUGCCUCUCCACCAGUAGGGCUCCCGCUUUGCUGUGUCCAGGGGCUGGAGGGAAGAUGGGAAGUCUGUCAUGUUUGUGUGAGCUGCACCAGGUAGAAUGCCAGGAACCCCAGAACCACAUACGAGAGUCCAGUCCCCUCUAGGAGGUAGCGAAGACUCCAGAAAUGUCCCUUUCUCUUCUCCCAUAUCCUGUGAGUAAUUGCAUUUGCUUUUGUAAUUCUUAAUGAGCAAUAUCUGCUAGAGUUUAGCUGUAACAAUUCUUUUUGAUCGUUUUUUUAAAGUAAGUAAAAACACCAAAAAAAAAAAAAAAAACAAUCCAGAAACUUGUUCUUCCAAAGCAGAGAGCAUUAUAAUCACCAGGGCCAAAAGCUUCCCCUUCCUAUAUCAAUACUUCUUCUGAGGCCUGAAUCCAAAAGAGAAACACUCAUAGGCCCUUUGGGUGGCUGGGCUACCUUCAGGCCCCUCGGAGGACCUGAUCUGGGGCCCACUCCAGCCUGCAUUCAGUAUUAGCAGUGGGUCAUGAUGUCCUUGCCCAUUCAGCCUGGGAUGGGGCCAAGGAGGAGAGGAGGCCAUUGCCAUUGAUGCUUGGCCACUAACAGGUGGGUGUCCGCAUGUGUCCACCUGCAUGCUUUCUAGCGGAAAUGUGAAAUCAGCACCUGAGUUAGCCUCACCCAGUGACCUCUCGCCCCACUGGGCUGGAGCAAGGCCCGCCCAGUUCAGUGUUUCUGGGGAGCUGGACAGUGGAGUUCAAAAGGCUUGCAGAACUUGAAGCCUGCUCCUUCCUUUGCUACCAAGGCCUCCUUUUCCGUUUGAUUUGUCACUGCUUCAAUCAAUAACAGCCGCUCCAGAGUCAGUAGUUGAUGAAUAUAUGACCAAAUAUCACCAGGACUGUUACUCAAUGUGUGCCGAGCCCUUUCCUCGUGCUGGGCUCCUGUGUACCCGGACACUGUAAUGUGUGCUGUGUUAGCUCUCCCCACCUCUCCCCUCUCACCCUCCCCUCGUUUUUCUGGGGGUUUUCUGUUUGGGUUUGGUUUGGUUUUUAUUUCCCCUUUUGUGUUCCAAACAUGAGGUUCUCUCUACUGGUCCUCUUAACUGUGGUGUUGAGGCUUAUAUUUGUGUAAUUGGUGGGUGAAAGGAACUUUGCUAAGUAAAUCUCUUCUGUGUUUGAACUGAAGUUUGUAUUGUAACCAUGUUUAAAGUAAUUGUUCCAGAGACAAAUGCUUCUAGACACCUUUUCUUUACAAACAAAAGAUUUUGGAGGGAGGGGAUGGUGACUGAGAUGAGAGGGGCUGUCCUAUUUCCCCAGGAGGGGAGACCCAAAGAGAUGACCCCUUCUCAGAUCAGCCAGAAGCUACCCAAGAAGUUAAACCUACACCAACAGACCGAAUAGCUGAUGCGUUGCCAUUUUCAAAGUCAGAGCAAAACCAGGUCUUGUUCCACCCAGUGGAUUCUUUUACCUUUCCCCCCUGAGAUUAUUAGCAUUGUUAUUUUUAAGGACAGACGAGGUUUAUGUUCCUGCGAGGAGAGCCAGGAGGGGUUUGAGCAGGGCCAACCUGGGGUGGGCCUGAACUAAGUGGCUCAAAUGAAAGACAGGCAUCUCCCUGGAGAUCUCCGCUGUAGCCACAGGUGUAUGUUGACAGGGCAGAUUGGCCACUCUUCACCUGAUGCAGCUCUUUCUAGACAGGCCAGGCAGUGGGCAUUACCGUUUAGGGCACCUUCAUCAUAUCCCACCUCUUUCCUCAGUGCACAACACUAAUGUGACCUCUUAAUUCCCACCAUCCCAGGUGAUGAGAUGAUGGUGGGGUGGGAGGGUGCACUCUCUUUGCUGUAAUCCAAUUCCCAGAAAAAUUUGGAUGUGAGAAACCCCCUUCCCUUUCCAUGGCAAAACCAAAUCAUUCUCAGAAGAGCCGUUAGUUACCCCCACCAGACAUUGUUUUGGGUUCACAGAACAGGGACAGGUAUGUGCUCCCUUAGCGCCUGGCAGCCCUUCCUCCGAAAGGCGAGGACAGUGCUGAUUGUAGUGACCAUUUGCACAAGGUGUUUUGUAGCGGGAAGAACCAGGCAGGGUGGCUGCCCCCUCCCGAGUUGCAGUGACACAGGCCAGCCACCCUGUGCUGAGGGAAGCCCUGCUGAGGGUGGGAGAAGGGGAGCUGCCCAGAUCAGACUUGGCUGGAGAUGUCUUGAAAAGCCCUCUAUUGCAUUCACCUUCAGUUUUUGUGUUUUGGGACAAUUACUUUAGGAAAUAAGUAGGUCGUUUUAAAAACAAAAAAAAAAUUGAUUGCUUUUUUGUAGUGUUCAAAAAAAGGUUCUUUGUGUAUAGCCAAAUGACUGAAAGCACUGAUAUAUUUAAAAACAAAAGGCAAUUUAUUAAGGAAAUUUGUACCAUUUCAGUAAACCUGUCUGAAUGUACCUGUAUACGUUUCAAAAACACCCCCCACUGAAUCCCUGUAACCUAUUUAUUAUAUAAAGAGUUUGCCUUAUAAAUUUACAUAAAAAUGUCCGUUUGUGUCUUUUGUUGUAAAAUCAAGUGAUUUUUUCAUAAGGUUCUUUUACUAUU